AUGAAACCGUCAUUGCUAACGAUCUUUUUCCUCACUGGCAGUGUUCACUCAAGAUUACCUUGGGACGUAUUCAAUCUAUUUUUCGGUAAUAAUGAAGAUGAUAAGGAGAACUCGAUAAUAUUCGACGACGAAAAUCGCAAAGCUUCGAAUCGCAAGCUAGAGAACUCUGUCGACAUAAUCAAUAAGGAGAGCAAUGAUAUUCCUGGAGGCGCUGAUUCCUAUCAGCAAAAGCAAGGAGAGGUUGACAAUCGCAUAGGCGAUUUGGAUCCAGUAAAGGGUAAUAAGGAUGAAGAGCGCUAUAGGAAGCUUUUGAAGAAGUUUGACGAUUACGCCAAAAACCUCAGUGGACUAGCUAAGGGACCACAAUAUUGGGAUAUUCUUGAUAAUAAUCUUCCAAACGUAGUUGAGUAUGUUGAGGAUGAUGGUUUUGAAUGG